GGUAUGAGCAGAUCUUCAGAACUGCAUGGGUGUCUCUGGAGUACAUGUCUCUUCUCUUAUCAACUUAUCUUCUCUUCACCAUGAUAAACACCUUUCACACAAGCUACAAUCCCCCACCGGUGCCUCCACGGGCAGGAUACAGCAGACCCCAGCCACCAGGCAACACACCAUUAGUCAAGUUUUUGUCUGUGAUGCUACUGCUUUUAAUGAUGCUUACUUUUGGAGGAUUCCUCUACCUGUUUCAGAAGCUGAACGUGCAGCAGCAGCAGCUCCAGGGCAAUUACAAUGAAGACUUGACGAUCCUACAAAGACUACAGGACUGUGAAGACGGCAAUGUGGGAGAGGAUGCAAUGACAGACUGUAACAAACUGAUGGACAAAUAUCAGGCUGUCAUAGCAAGGAUUUCAGAAGCAACUGAAAAAGUGGCUGGUUUAACUGGAAUGCCAUCUUUCAAAAGACCAGCAGCACACAUGAUUCUACAGAAUGAACAUACAGCUCAGUCCCCCGAUGGAAGUUCAUCAAAUAAGCUUAAAUGGGACCAAGACCACUCAUUCCUGCAGGAUGUAUGGCUCAGCAGUUCAAGGGACAUGUUGACCAUUCAAUACCCCGGAAUCUAUUUAAUCUAUUCUCAAGUCACCUUCUCCAAACAAUCUGACAGUGCAUUAACGCAAGCUAUAAAGAGCAAAGAACCUCAGGGAAGAAGGAACGAAGACAAGGAGAUGCUCAGGUCUUUUUGCAACUUAAACCCAAAUAAAUCACAUUUGUGUACUGCCUCACUUUCAGGGGUGUUCCAGCUAAAGAAAGACCAGCAGCUCUAUGUUACAGUAACAAACAUAUCCUUGGUGAAUAGAGACUCCUGCAGCUUUGGAUUAUUCAAAUUACAGUAAUGAACAGUCUGGCACUGAACUGUUCAAGUGAUGGAUGACACGAGUUUGUCAGGGGAUUGACUGGAUUACAGAGGCACUAUAAUUAAACAUGGAAAAUGACACACUGAUGUACAUGCUAUUUGAAAGACAUGAACCUGAGAUCAUUUCCAGUGAAGACAACUUCUCUAUUACACCAUCACAUCACAGUCCUAGUUCAGUACAAGCAAGGAAAUCUUACAGGAAUUGGGGGACAAUAUUUUAGUCAUAUUGUUUAUUGCAAAUUACACUGAUGAAUACCAUGAAUGUUUUCCAAUUAUGAAUGCUAGAGUUUGUAGUAAAUUAUUUAUUGCUAAUUUAAUGUCUUCUCAUGGUUUGCUCUUUACUUUCUGAAUUGCUUUUUAAUAACAAUAAUAAUAAAAUAUUUACCAUAUUUAUUCAGGGAUACCCCUGCCAAAACAAUACCAGACCUUUGAGUUUUACUUUCAGUACUUCUUUUAAACUCCAAUUCCCUGAGCAUAUUAAUCUAUGCACUGUUCUCAAUUCAGUUACUUCCACUACCAUCAGUUACUUCCCAAAAUUCUUGUAUCAUAAACUUUGGAGGUUCCUUGUGGCAUCUCUGUAUUGGUAUUAUGUUAAAAGAUAUAAAGUUAGGCUAUAAAAAUCUUAACUAAAGUUA